AUGUCGUCGGGUACUGUUCACUUCCCCGCCAUUCUUGUAACCGUCACCUGUAAUCCGCGCAGGUGUGUCCGCCCCCCCCCUGAGUGGACGAGAAAGAAAGGAUUUCUCAGAGCCAGAACUUUCCCGUAUGAGCAUUCGAUAGGUCGUCUGAGGGUUCGCCGCGGUUCAUUGCUGUGCUUACACACUAGGCUACCCUUCUCCGAAAGCUCCGCGGGACCACCUACCACUAGUCUUCAGCCUGAGGGGUUUAUUGCACAAACGCCGGGACGCAGGCUCCCGAAGAGGGAAGCCCAACGAAUGUCAGAUGCAAAGCCCCGCACCUCAUUAAGAUCAUAUUGGCAUACUCUCCCAAAAAAAAAAGAGCAGACCCCAUUGAAGACGAGAGUGAGGUACAACAAGGCCAUUUCUGUCCACCGCCCUUCUCACGGAACCGUACGUGGACGUUACCGCUCAUACAGCUCCCAGCCAGCAAGAGUUAGCCUUCCUCUACAAGGAAUGGAAGUGUGGAUGAAUCGAAUCAAAUAGAGGAAUUCGGUUUUUCUUUUCAGAAAUUCUAUGGUAGAUCAGGACGAGAAUGAAUCCGGGAAUCCAGGACAUACUCAUCCUGGAGCUUCAGCUCUCCUCUGGGGAGGGGUUUUUAUAGAUAGAGAGGUGAGUCGAGGGGCCUCCCGCUUUACCGAUUUCUCGGAAUCGGAGGAUCAUCUGCCUGAACAAGAAGGAGCUGUUCUCGAUGUGAGAUCAGCAGCAAAAGAAAGAAGCAUAAAGACGCAGCACCACCUACUCUUUCAACCGUAGAGUCGGGGUUCGCCCUCAGUCCUCACUGGUUUUGUAAAAGUAAGUAGUCGUUGGUCCUUCUGACUAGCCUUCCUCGGUCACAGCAAAGUGCCUUCGAUUGGAACUUCGAUUUGCAUGUGUUAAGCAUAUAGCUAGCGUUCCUUCCAACUAUCACAAGCAGGUGAGUGAAUCCCCUUUCCUGGUGCUGCCCUUGCUCUCAUUGCAGCAGAGCCAUUUAUAUCUGCCACUUGAUCAGUAGAGGCAACACGCUUGAUGUUAAGAUGAAUGGCCUUAUUAUCUGCACCUUUCAUUCUUUUUUUUGUGUUAAGGCCCUGUUAUUACUACUUGAGUAAGGGAGGAAGAUAGUCCUUUUAAGAGGGAAGUUUUGAUGCAACACGUUCAUGCAGGAACGAUUAAUUCAUCUUUCUUGUUAUCGUGUAAAGGGUGCUAUUCACUGGCAGUCCGAUGACGCGCUAGGAGCAGCCUGCAGCUGCCUUUUUCUUUAUAAAGUCUAGUUGUUAUAUGCUUAACACAUUCAAAUAUCUUUCCUUUUAGGAAGGUUAGUUUCUGGAAUGUAAUAUCUGCUACUUUAUCCUUGUUGACUGGAAGGUUAGAGCAAGCUAGGCCAUAUAAGAAUAGAUUCUAUCGAUCAGUUCUUGUUGCUUUCCUCUUGCUAGGCUAAGAGCUGAGUAGAUCCUAGUGUGAGGACUUACCUUGAACUUCCUUACCUCACUGUAAGUUCUUCCUCUUCAAGGUUAGAGCAAUCUAGGACAGAAAAGAACUAAUGAGAUCUCUCAAGGUCUUUGCCUGAAGGUUAGAACAAGCUAGGCUAGAUAAGAAUUAGAUGUGAGCUCUCUUCUUUCCUUUUGUAGUUGCAUGUAGCUCCUUUCUCUUGUUUGUUUUCGAUGUUCAAAAGAGUCUGAUUUCACAGACUCAAAUGAGGAACCAAUACUAUGAGUAGAUGUGGUUUGAGAUCGAUUGUUAAGGCCUUGACCCCACGUCGCAAAGCAAAGUGGAAAUCUAUCCCUGGUACGAGCAUGGAACACUGGGUUAGCAGCAAGGUAAGUGGCACUCAUAUUGUAACAGUUAAGUAGUUGGGGAUCCUUGAUGUGAAUAUCAAGAUCACGAAAUCCGUAAUGGAGCCAUAUCAGUUCAGUAGCUGUGCUAGCGAGGUCCCGGUAUUCAGCUUCGGUACUAGAGCGUGAGAAUUCUUCGUGCACUAUGAUAGGAGCCCAGGAUCCAGUUGUGAAGCGACGAUCAUCUGGGUUUCCAGCCCAAUUAGCAUCAGAAAAGGAAAUGGGAGGGAUGGUUAACCCAUGAGUGUGCCUUUGAGAAAGCGAAGAAUCCGCUUGACAGCGAUGAGUCGUUCUUCGUGGGAGAUGAAUAUGUUGAAAGACCUAAUUCACAUCAAAUGUAGGGUCGGGUGAGUGUCAAGUAUUGGAGACCACCAUCCUGUAGGAUCGAAGAUCCCCAUCCAGUUGAAAACCAGCUGAAAUUGGGGUAGAGCAGGGCUUGCAUACCGUCAUGUUAGCCUUGGAAAGAAGGUCAAGUUUGAGAGAGAAAGAAUCGUGGGGGUCAAUAUUCAGGAUGGUUAGAAAGCCAGUCCAUAAGACCAAGAUCUGCUCCACCUUUCAACACUACAAAUUCAUUCCAUUCACAAAGCAAAGACUACUGGAAGGGCUCAAGCUAAAGUUCAGGGCAUGUCCCUGAGAUGAGUGCCUGACUUCCUUCCUGAAAGGCCUAGAUGAAAGCUAAAAAAAGUUUGAUUUUCAUUUUAAAGUGGCCAGGUAGAAAGAAGUGAAGUUUCUAUUGAUAAUUGAUAUUGAAUCACGUCAGAUCCUUGUUUAAAAAAGAAUAUCAGAUGUCCAGGAAAUGAAAAGAAAGGGAUAGAGGAAGAUUCAAUACCAGCUGAUUCCCUUAUAGAUUAACCUCCUUCAACCUCCGAAGCGGAUAAGAUCCCAAGAGCUUCAUCUAUACCAGCAGAUGAAAGAGGAGCUUCUACGUGAACAUUUCUAACAGCCUCCUCCAACAGUCUAGUCACUAGCACUGGUUCUUCCAGCAACAGCUCUUACUGUAACAGAACUAGGACCGUCAACUCCAACUGUAGCAGCGGGAAUCCCCUCCCCACCCUAGCCGGAAUGGAGGAAGAACUUUCACUGGAGACAUCAGAUGUUGCAGAUGGUUGGGUUGGUCCGACCAAGAAAGCCAUGGGAGCAAGGGGCUCGAAAGCUUCACUUUACUUAACCUUUUUAAUUUUAAUAAAGGGGCAAGCAACCAAAUACCACUUUACAAGACUUAGUUAUAAUAAGGAAAACCCCGUAUGUAUAUAUUAGUAAGGCCUUUUCCCUUACCCGUGUUGUUGUUCUUCUUGUUCCCUAACUUUCUGGUUUAAAUAAGGACCUCGUCAUGUUCAUCCUUGGCUUAUUUCCUGUAAUUUCUCUCUCUUCUUUCUUAGCUUUGCUCUAGGUCCCUCAAUUUUUUUUUUCGACCUUUAGCCAUCUCCAAUCGAUCCUCGAAAGAAAGAAGCUUUUGAGUCAGGGCAAUGGGGGAAAGCCACAACCUCCCUGGACAAAGGCAGAGACCAUUGCCCUACUUUCUGACCUAGAAGCGACUCCAUUGGCUUUUCGAAAAGCAGUAAACUAUGAGAUGUCGUCUCGUCUCUUGAAAAGAAUCGAAACUGAAGAAUCGGCACAAUCAUCUCCCCAACCGAUACAGAAGCAGCUUUCUGUUUAUAAGCUUAAAGUACAACUGUACGAAUGUAAAGAGCGGAUGUAGCAGCUUUUUUUUGAAAGGUAGCUGUAGCUUCUGGCGCAGGAACUUUAGUUAGACUGAACCGCGCAACUUCCUUCUGCUUCCUUUUCUAUAUUAUCUUGUCUGUCUUAGAGAGCAAGCGUAUCUCUUCCGGCAAUAGCACCUCUUCUUUUUAGCUUGACUAGCCAGCAGGAGCAGAAAUCGCAAUCGUCGUAAUCCGAAUAACGGAAUCAGAGUAGCUGCGUAUUGGCUUUGUAAUUCUUCUUAUGGCUUAUUAAGUCUUUCCGAGAGCAGCAAGCCACACCACCCACCAACCCUCAGCCAAAAAGCCGUGCCGUCUCUUGCUUGGAGAGGAAGCGUCCACUUGACUGGCUUUCCUGCUUUCCUAACUGUAACGAGAUCUGAUUCUUUAUAAUAGUUACCACCUCUUCUUCGCAAAAAACCAACCAUUCGUUCAGAGUCGACAACUGCAGAUAGGCCUCUCCCCAAUGCAAUUAUAUCUCCUGCGAAUCCUGCUUCCGGCCUCAUUCUUCUAUUUCUUUAUAUAAGAUAUAAGACGCAGUCCUCUCUCCUUGCUGCCAGCGUGCGAGCCUACGGCCUUGGUCUUCCCGAAAUCGUGAAAAGAACGCAAGAUAAGGUGCAUUUUUUCAUUUCAGCCCAGGACCUCCAAGCUUGUACGGCCGGAUGUCGGUCCCACGUAGUUGGCGCAGGCCCCAAUGACUUACCCGACGUUUUUUCGAAGACGUGUAAAAUCUGGCUCCGUCCCGCAACAUUCGAUGGCGUACUGCACCAAGUAGAGAAUUUUAAAUUCUUCUUCCUUUCUUUCACUUUCGAGUGAUUCAUCAAUAGGGGACCGUACCAUAGGAAGGGGAAGUUCCUUCUUGGAAUGCCGUCGUCUAGCUGGAAAGGCUUUUCUUUCUUGGCCCUGUAGAACCGGAUUCCGUUCCUUGAUUCGAACCAGACUGACAAACCUCCCAUCAGAUGAAUAAGAAAGUGGUCCAACGAAUCCAGCUGAGCACAGAUCUAUUCUUCGAAUAGCAAGCAACAAUAGAGAAAAUCGCAGCUAAACCCUAUCCGUUCAAAACGGGUACGAUAUCAACUAAUUUCGAGGGCCUUGGAACCUGUUUGGAAUUCGCAAGAUAUCAAUCACCAAUGAAGCCCUUCUCAUGAAAUUGGGGUGGGGUGUAAUUCAUGAGCCAGAGAGUUUUUGGGUCGUGGUGUUGCGGGGAAAGUAUGUGAGAACAUAUGACCUUGUCCCUUCCAUCAAAGCUAGAAGCCAGGACUCUCCCCUGUGGAAGGUGAAAAGUCUGGCCUAAGGUGUUGGAGGGUGUCUCUUGGGUGAUAGGCAAUGGAAAUGGGAGGAUUUCGCUCAUCUUCUGCCUGCUUCUGUUGUCAUGAAGAUAGCAGCCACGGUCCCGCCCAAAUGUGGGGCUGUUCAAGACUGAGUGGCCUGGAAACACACAUCCAAUGGUGCUUUGCUUUCUCCGUUAAGUCUAGUGUGCGAAGAGUUUUUUUACUCCAGAGGACAGGCUUUGUCGCUUAGUCUGUAAAUGGGAUGGCCCUCAACGGAUCAGAUCAUUCCUUUGGUUAGUCGUGCAUGGCAGGUUAUUGACUAACGGCAACAGAUUCAAGCGACAAUUGGCAGACUCUCCCAGUUGUCAGUUUUGUGACGGUCUUUAGGAGUCUGAGCUUUAUUGAGGGAUUGCCCACGUUAUGAAAAAUCAAGUCUUAUUCCUCUUCUCGAGAGAUGUUGGGAUUUCUUGAUUCAGGGGAAAUGCACUUAUUAGAGAUGGUAUGAAACAAGAGUUCAAACUUCCUAGGAUGUUAAAGUGUGAUAGACAUUCAAUCAACGGAUUUAAGAAUCCUAGUAUGUCUGACUUCUACUUCAUAACUUACGCUACGAUAUUUCUUCUAAGGAAAGGCAGAACUGCAGCCCAAUUGCCGUUCUAGGAGGGAGCUUGGAGAAGCCCAAGCCUAUUCUUUCCAUCGAUAAAGUGAGAAGAAAAGGCCCUGACGGCAUGGGACUGCUUCCUUUGCUACGGAUGCCUAACUUCUUCAGUCUCAUGCUUCUUAACCUUAAGGUGAUAGAGUAGAGACAAUUCCUAUUGACCCCUCGGGUUCCUUCACUCACUUUUCGAGGCAUCGGAUUUGUGAACAUGUCAAAAGCUUAUUAUUGUGCAAAGUCAAGCAGCGGGGAAGAUCUUAACAAAAGCUACCCAUGGUCCUAGUCCUAAGAAGGGUUCUGGAGAAAGAGUUAGGGCAUACUUAGAUUUUUGAUUAUGAUUGAUUGGCUCACUGAACUCCCCCAAACUAGUCGAAGGUUCCAGUCGGAGGUCAAAUGAAGAAGGAAUGCUUUUUUCUUG